AUGGAUGACUGGACGCCAGAGUCGGUGAGAGACUGGCUGACAGAGGUGGGCUAUGCGCGUGUCGGCGAAGCCGCACUGCGCGCGGGCGUGUCGGGCUGUGCAUUGCCUUUUCUGGACCACGAGGGUCUUCGAGAGCUUGGUCUUGAGAGCACCGUGGAGCGUGCAAAGGUGCUUGGCCUGUUGUCGAAGCUGGCUUCCCCGUCGGGAACCACGGAGAUGAAAAAGGAGUCGUGCUGGCAUGAACUCCGAAGACCAUUGCCGGAGAUAUCCCCAGACUGCUGCCGAAGCAAGCCCCGGUCCGCGUGGGGCCGAGUGAAGCAAGUCGCGGCCAGGAUAGAUAGUGUGGUUUUUGCGGAUCACAAGAAACCUUGGUUCGAGCACUUGGCAAUGUCAGGUAGGUCUCCGGAUGCAGUGCGCGAAGCUUUAAUGACACAGCUGGACAGCUACAACUUGCUGACCCUCCUCCUGCUUGCCACGGUCCUGCCCACGUCGGUAUCCAUUGGGGUGGAGCUAGAAUGGGAUGCAGACGGGAUGCCGACAUCAUGGUUCAAGCUGGCGUGCCUGGUCUACAGCAUGAUGUACAGCAUCGUCAUCUUUUUUCACUUCACCCUGGUCCACAUCACUUCCGUGCUGGUCACUGACGUAAGCACAGCGAACUUUCAGCUGUUCUUGGAUGCGUUUGGCAAGGACCUCAUGGCGGAUGUGGGCCUGUUUUUCCUGGUGAUC